GAGAAAUAGAGAAGAGAAAGACUUAAGAGAAGAGAGAGAGAGAGAGAGAAAGACUAAAGAAAACAGAGAUAGAGAUAGAGAGAGAAACAAGAGAGCAACUAGAAACACCCUAGUUUUCUAGAGGGCGAAAGAGGCAGCCUGAUUUCAAUUUCAAUCAUUCUAAUCUUUUCUCGCUCUGACACUGCUCUAAUCGAUCAUUAUCCUCAUAUCAUCGAUUUGGCAACUGCCUUUUUGGUUUUAGAUCUUCGACGCCGAAUUCUUUAGUUUUCUUUUUUUCUGGUGAAUUCCUGAUUGAAUUCUGAAAAUAAAGGGAAAUAUUUUAACGAUGAAGGAUGUUUGCUCUGGAAACUGUUUCUUUCUGAGAUGAUAUGGCACUGUUGUUGGCUGUAACAAACAUAGAAAAUGUCGCUUUACAUUGGUCGCGAGGCUUCAAAGUUAUGGAAGAGAUUUUGUGCGGAGAUCACAACAGAAAUCAACCUUCUUGCAGAAAAUUGGAAGUAUAUUUUAGGAGGUCUCAUUUUUCAGUACAUCCAUGGGCUAGCAGCUCGAGGAGUUCAUUAUUUACAUCGGCCAGGACCAACACUUCAGGAUGUUGGCUUCUUUCUUCUUCCGGAGCUUGGGCAAGACAAAGCCUACAUUAGUGAAACCGUAUUUACCUUCAUUUUUCUGUCUUUUGUCUUGUGGACUUUCCAUCCCUUCAUAUUCAAGAGCAAGAAGAUCUACACAGUUCUCAUAUGGUGCAGGGUGUUGGCAUUCUUAGUUGCUUGUCAAUUUCUUCGGAUUAUUACUUUCUAUUCUACUCAACUGCCUGGGCCAAACUAUCAUUGUCGAGAGGGCUCAAAGCUUGCCAGGCUGCCUCGUCCAGAUAGUGCUUUGGAAGUUCUAUUGAUUAAUUUUCCUCGAGGGGUGCUUUAUGGCUGUGGUGAUUUGAUAUUUUCUUCUCACAUGAUAUUCUCGCUAGUCUUUGUACGGACGUAUCAUAAGUAUGGCACUCGAAGUUUUGUGAAGCAGUUUGCUUGGUUAAUUGUUGUAAUUCAAAGCUUGUUGAUUGUCGCAUCCCGUAAGCACUACACAGUUGACGUCGUCGUGGCAUGGUACACUGUUAAUUUGGUUGUGUUCUUUAUUGACAAAAAGUUGCCAGAACUGCCCGAUCGGUCCAAUGGUGCUGCAGCACUGUUCCUUCCCCUGACAAAGGACAACAAGACUAAGGAAGAGAAUCACAAACAACUGAACGGGAAUUCUGGUGAUUCUGCUGACUGGAGGCCAAGAACUCAAAUCAAUGGCAAGAUUAUGGAAGAAGGAAAUGUUGUGCAUGUUGAAGCAGCCAUUAACGGUGUGUAAUUAAUGAACGACACAGCUUUGCCGAGAUUGCUGUAGGUUCCGUUGCUCUGCUUCAAAUUGUGUCCCCAGAACAGUUCCGUAACUGGUAAAUCACCACUUGUAAUCUAGAUCAUGGGGUCCAGUCUAUGGGUUUUAAAGUCCUGUAGUUGUCGGUUGGAAAAUCAACAUGUGGCCAACAAUGCCAUAUUGUAUCAUGGAAUUCCAUUUUUUUCGUAUUGCAUCAAUCAUUUUAAUCAUUAUCUCCCACAUAGUUAUGUUUCA